GGAUUACUUCAGUGUUACAUCUAUCAUUAACUCUUUGUAAGCUCUAGAUAGCUCUUUUAUUCCAUGUCUUUUUGGAUAAUAGUCCCAAAACUGCCGCUUAUAUUGUAAAAUAAAUAAAAACGGUGAACCAGCCAAAGCUGAAACAGUAAGUUGAACUAUUUAUGUUCAGGCGUCUUCCUCGCUACCUUCGGGGUCUUUCCGUGUGUACAGUAACAGAGGAUAACAACGACCCUGAAUGUGAAAACGUGACUAACUAAGUCUUUUUAAAGUUGAAGCGUGUGAAUCUGUGCACUGAAAUAGUUGAUGUCACUCAUUUAACUUCCUGUUUUAUGACUUUCGGAUGAUGAUUCACGCUGACUGGCAGUUUUAACAAUCACGAACAGAAUGAGCUCUGGUAAGUGUUUUAAUAUGAUCUACCUUGAGACACCACGUGACACACUGACAGCCAAGAUUAUUAUAAGUGUCUGUUUGUUUAUGUUGGCAAACUGAGCUGCUUAUAAUGGUUAAAUGCAGGUCAAUGCAAGUUCUCAUCAGUGUAGUUUUCACUGCUGACAGUGCGAACCUGUUAUAACCCAGAGUAACUUAGGCAGAGAGGAUCCUGGAGGUUAAAGAGUUGGAAUAGUUUGGAUAUUUUCAGCACACCACACUUGUUCUUCUGCAUCUUCUGCAUUCUGGUGAAAAUUCACGCAGCAUGAGUUAAUGUAACACAACUGUUAGAGUCAACAUAAUGCUGAAUUUGAAAGACUACUAAAAUAAACUUACAGAGCUUGAAUGAUAACUAAGUAAAGUUGUAAGGAUGAAGUCCCCAAUAGGACCAUUUAUCGCUAUUCAUCUAUUUAAAGGGAUAUUCCGGCGUAAAAUUAAUUUAGGGUCAAACACACUGUAACACUGAGUUAGACACCCCCUUGAGAGAUAAAUGUUGCCAACCGCUUGCUUCUCUAGUUAUACCAACUUUAGUAACGACCGCAGGAUAGCAAUACUGAGAGCCACGUGCUAAACCAAACGCCACUCUAUAGCCACAAAUAAUGCUCAGAACAGCACCUAACUUCAUCAACAGGACAUAUAGGGUCCCAGCCGUAGUACUAGCCACCAAACAUCUUUUUAACUUUGUCUAAUUUCUUGAAUAAAGACACUAAAAAUAACUUACCUACUUACUUACCUACUCUCUUGCAGCAGCUGCUUGUUUGUAGGGAGACCUCAGGCUAGUCCAUCAUUGACUGCUGCGGGGUGACUCAGCUCAAGGAAGAACAUUUACGAUCACUUCUUCAUGGAAAUGCAAUCAAACUGAGAUGCUAUGGCAGAAGAACUACCGAGUCUGCGGUGCAAAGUGAUUAAUAUGGUGAUUAUUACUUCAAGGAAAUGAUAAAGAAAUUAUCAUAAAUGUUCUUCCUUGAGCUGCGGCACCCCAUAGCAGUCUGUAAUAGACUGGCCGAGGUCUUGCUACAAACAAGUGGCUGUUGGAAGGGAGUAGGUAAGUUGUGUUAAGUCUCUUUGCUAAAGAAAUCAGGCAAAGCGCUUUUGUGUUUCAUAUACUGAAAAGACAUCCAAGAAGCACUAUUUUACAUUUUUGACAAUUGAAAGAGCAUCUAGGGGGAACUUACACAUCUAAACAUUGACAUCCUAGUGUUUUAUCGUACUUUUUUAGCCACAGGUGAACCCCUUUUUUUUUUUCUCUCCUCAGAGGUUUGCCCUUUCUGCGGGAAAACAUUCAAACGGCUCAAGAGUCACCUGCCACACUGCAAGGCGGCAGCGAGCUCUAAAACACCUCCAACCAAACACGAUGCCUCGGCCAAUCAGACUUCAUUUUCCUCACAGCUGGCUGCGUACUCAUCCGAACCAAAAGCGGAGGAGAAAAACUCGACACAGACGCUGCCGGUAACAAGUUCACAAUCAAAGAGGAGUAAAAAGACGUCUGUGGUAUCAGCAGUACCAGCGAAUCCAUCCUCUCCAUCACAGCAGACAUCCCAGACUUCUGUAUUUCCUCCAGCAACAACUAAGAAGAAGAAACCAAAGCUGUCGGAGAGAAUCAAAGCAGCAAAGACGGCCUCCUCUACCUCAAUCAUCUCCUCCCCGUCACUUUCUCCUGACAUAUCUGAGCCCAAAAAGAAGAGUCUUCGUGAUUUAAUACAGGCUGCAAAACCCAAACAGGCUCCUGCAGAACCAGUGGAAGGGACCAGAUCUGCACCAGAAGACCUUCAUUUAAGUUCAGCUUCAAAUGUGACUGAGUCCAGGACCAGAAUGAAGACAGAAACCAGAACUAAUCUUGACAAAGGCACAGUGAAGGACUCUGGAUUUCUAUCUGCAGACUCCAAACUCAAAGGUGUGUCUAACAGGAAGGCCAGAAAGGCUGCAGAGUCUUCUCUUCAAACCAAAGGUACCUCCAGCUCUCUGAACUCUAAAGCAAAAGAAACUGCUGAACGUUUGAGAGACGGCUUCCUUUUCGAGAGCGAGGAGGAAGCUGCAGAUUUUUCUGUGAAUAAGAUGUUCUCUAAAUCAGGAAGUGGUCACCAGGCCAGGAUUACACUCCAGGAUGUUAAAACCACGCUGGGUCGGGCUAAUGGUGCGCGCCAAACCAACAGACAGAGCAUCCUGAGCCAGAUUCAAACUACUGAUGUUUCACUGAACAGACCCGCACUUUCAACAGGGACUCAAGGGAGCAGCGUGAUAAGAGAUGAAACUCUGUCAGAGCAGCUGCACAGACAGAGUCCACCACAAACAGAGCUACAGUCAGUUAGAAGAAAAGGUGUAAAGUCCAAACAAGCAGCUUUAAUCCCCUUUAAACAGGAUGUUUCCCUCCAGGCUGUGAUAACCUCACCUGAAUAUCUGCCACAGGUGAACCAAGCCACGCCCCCUCCUCCCCUUCCACCAACACUCAGUAUAAACAAAAGUUCGAAUAAGACAGGACUCCUCACCAUAUCACAGACGCUGGUCCAGUUUUCCAGCCCUCAUCCACACAUUUAUCCAGCGAGGGCGGAGACGCUGAGAGCCUGUAAUGAAGCGACGAAAGGUCAGUACAUGAAAUGAAAAGUACACCAAAUUAUUAUGCAAAUGAUGUUUUUCUCAGAUUUACUAAACAGCCAACGCAAAUGACAGUCAGCAUAAUUGUCAAGUCAUUAUCUGUUAGAGUAUAAUUUAAAUGUUAUUGCACAAACCUCCCGAUGAUAACAGUAUCUUUUCUCAAAAAUAAAAAAACUUACAAUAUACUGUUUCAAAUGAUUUUGCACAACAGAGUUUCAAAAUAUUUUAUAGGUUUUAAAGAACUGAAAAUGGUCAUUUGUUGCAUUUGCAGCAUUAGGAGGUCAAUAUCUAAGGUUUUCAUACCUUGUCUAAGGCAUCCAACUAUUUCACGCUUUGUAGCAGCAGAGAGAUCCUUCUUCUUUCCCAUAUUGCUUGAAAAUGUUGGUCUGCUUCAUUGAGCUCACCUGGCAAACUAAUUAUCACAGCUGUCUGAGAUUGAUUUCAGUGAUCCCAAGAGCCCUGAGACACAACACCAUCCAAAACAAAAACCUGAACCUUUAUGACACUUAAAUACAAUUUGCAUAAUAAUUUGAAACGCAGUGUAGAUCAUGCAUCAUCUCCAAAGUGGAGCCACCCAGCUUGUUACCAUCCCCCUUUAUAUUGAUGAUUGAUUCAUGGGUUCCUUUUUAGGUUCUCUGGCAGAGCGAAGUCUUGGACAGGUGAGACUGAGGGAGCUACCUGAGUGGCUCGUCUGCAAAGCUCCCAGCCAUCCGAGAGAUGUGGUGGAAAUGGUGCAAAGAGGUGAAUGCUGCAAACAUCUUCAACAUGUGCAAAUGUGUAAAAGGGAUAUUCUGGUGUAAAAUUAAUUUAGGGUCAUACACACCGAAACACUGAAUUAGACGCCCCCUUGAGAGAUGAAUGUUGUCGACCGCUUGCUUCUCUAGUUAUACCAACUUUAGUAACGACCGCACGAUAGCAAUACACAGCGCCAUAAACAAACCUCAACCAAAACGCCACUCUAUAGCCACAAAUAAUGCUCAGAACAGCACCUAACUUCAUCAACAGGACAUAUAGGGUCCCAGCCAUAGUACUAGCCACCAAACAUCUUUUUAACUUUGCCUGAUUUCUUUAGCAAAGAGACUAAACACAACUCACCUACUCUCUUCCAGCAGCUGCUUUAAAGUCCUCCCAUCAUCAGUAGUUGUUGUUGUUCUAUUUUGGUUGUUUGUUUGAUGGAAAAAUGAAGAUUUACAUUGAUAUUCCUCCUUCUUGUCUCUUCUCUAUAACUCCCAGGCUGGCAGUGGUAUUACAAGCGGUAUAUCGAUGUGAAGAAAGGUGGUGUAGGUGGAGUGGGCAUGCUGUUAGCAGGAUACUGUGUGCUCAGCUACAUCUGGAGUUACCCUCAUAUCAGUAAGUGUGCAUUACUCUGCGUUGCUACACGGAUUUGGAGAUAACUCGGUGUAAUGAUCCAUGUUUUUUUUUCUAGAAAAGGAUCGAUGGAGGAGGUACCACUGAGGCCGACAGGUGAUGACUGAACAAGAGCGACUGUGAAUGUGAAGAAAACAGCAGAAAACAGAGAUUUCUGGACCUUCAGGACAACAGUAUGUUAAAACAAUGUGAGCUUUUAAACAGGUUAAGGUAGCAUUUCUUUAUAAUUUAAUAUGUCAGAUAUUCACAGCACAGGUGCAGGUAAAAUAGCACAUUAAUUAUUGAAGUAGAAACAAUAAACAGACAUAACUGUGUCUGUUAAAGGGACAAUAUGAAGAAUUUAUCAGCGGAACAGAAUGUGAAUAACCAGGGACAAAGAGUGCAAAUAAGUUGAAGACAGACAUCUUGUGUGCAUCGCAUUUUCACUUUUUGUGGAAAUGUAUGUAUUGUCCUUGUUAAAUAAACAUUAAAUAAAUAAAUAUAGUUUCUACCGAAGCACAGAAGGGACAAACAAGGUGUAAAAAAACCUGCAGCACGUACCUCUCAGUGUAACUGGCGAGAAGCUGACAGCUACACUUUGUUUUAAAGAGCCAGUUUAAUGAGAGUUGUCUUAUAUUAAAACUCCUGUGAAGAGUUUUCUGACAGUAAUGAAAUAGACUGAAAUUAAUAUUGAGGCCUUUUUUAUAACUUACAAAAGCAAACAAGACCAGCCUUGACAUGAUAAGGACUUCUUAUAUCGUAAAAGUUAAUGCCUGAAAUUGACGAAAGGCUGUAGGUAUCAGUGGAGAUGCUGAAAAAAGCCCUGAUUUUUACAUUUGUAGCAUCAAAUAUCACAAAAUAAUAGAUUUGAGUUGGCGGGAUGUGGUUUAUUUUUGUCAGAAUUCACCACUAAAGCAUGUCGAGGAUGAGAUUAAGAUUACACCACAAACCGACACAAAUUGAAAGUUCCUCGCAGAAGUUUUAAUUCUAUCUAUGAAGCCGGCAUAUAUCGAAGUCAAACUGAGUCAGGGUCAAAAAUCGUAACACCUAGUUAGACACCCCAUCGAGAGAUGAAUGUUGCUGACCGCUUGCUUCUCUAGUUAUACCAACUUUAGUAACGACCGCAGAUACCAAUACAGAGAGCCACACGCUCAACCAAAAAGCCACUCUCUACUAAAGUUGGCAUAACUAGAGAAGCAAGCGGUCAGCAACAUUCAUCUCUCGACUGGGUGUCUAACUCCGUGUCAGAUAUUUGACCCCUAACUUAAUUUUACACAGGGUUAUCCCUUUAAUGUACAUAUCUUUGUGUAUGCAGUUGAAGUACUGCUGCCAUUUAGGGCAUUUGUGAUGAACUCAUUCUGUCUUGUGUUUAACAUCGUAUUAUUUAUUCAUUCAAAUGUGUUUAUUUUAUUAGUUUGCUGUGUCGUGUAUCAAAGGGAGCCAUUUAACAUGACUGUUAUAGAUUAUUUGGCCUUCAGAGGCAGGUGUGACAGUCCUGCUGUUCCCCAAAGCCUCCACUAGGUGUCACUGUUUUGUCGUGUUACCGCCAUCAAAGGGGUCGGUCAGUUAAACGUUUGCUAUGCAGAGUUUUCUUUGCUCCUUUGUGCUGAGGCUCUGGCACUGGGGUCCAUGUGGGGAUUAAAGGGGAACUAACAGACUUUAAAUUUAAUAAAAAUGUUUUUCUUUCUGUCCAGAUGUGGAGAAGAAUGUAAUCUUAAUUUGUCCAAACAUCAGAGAAUGUGGGGAAAAGAUGAUAUCAGUGUAAGCAGAGGGUUAAAGACCCUGUUUUCUUUUCCGAAUGCGCCCUCUGUCACAUGACGUUAUUAUGCAUGCUGAGUCUGUCGGUGCCAGUAUGUGAGCACUCUCAGAAUAGUAAUGUAGAGACGCUGAAGGAGGUUUUUCAGCUGGACUGGACCCGUUUGUGAUUGUAUUCAAAAUGAAUUUAUUGUCGACUCUCCUGCUGCUGUAGUGAACACACACGAGCUACAAAUGAAGAAAUGACAGUAUUUUUGUAACGACCUUUUUCCUGACGCCGCCCUUUUCAGCCAACACAAUAAAAAAUAAUUAGCAUUUUCUCAUUUUUCUUGUACAUUCUUCUAUUUUUUUUUUCUCCAUACAAAAAUUAUAAAUAUUUUGUGUUUCACUUUUCAUUUUUAUACAAAAAACAAACUUUACAAAUCAAGUGAGACAAAACGACAGUGAAAAUGUAGGCAGAAAGAACACACAUCUCUGCAUUGAGAAGAGGAGAGAGAGAGAGAGAGAGAGAGAAAGCACAGUUUGUCCCUCGCAGGCCCUCAGACGCUGAUAUGCAUCAAGAUAUCACAAUGUCUCACCGACGCUGCACACAACCCCGCUUUGUCUUUGUGCAUGUCUGAGACUCACUUUCUCGUGGAUAUAUAAGUGCUAAAGAGGCACAAAGUCUUGCAGCAACCACUUAAAUGAGCGAAGAAGAAAUCUCCCUUGGCUUUUACAUGUCGUGUUUAGAUUUGUUACCAAAAGCUGAGCGCUCACUUGACUCUUGAGCGCGCACUGGUCGAUAGAAGAAGAGGUCUAUAGGCAGAGAGAGAGAGAGAGAUGCAGGCGGGCUGCGACGGCUGCUGGCAGACGAACACAAAACCUAAUAUCACGUAGAAAAGGCCUUCAGUCUGCCCUGUAGCACAUUGGCAAGCAUAUUUCACAGACACAGGAACAGGAGGGAGGUGACGCUGUCCAGAAUCAACCCUGUUUGACGCAUUAAUACAGCUUUGGUCCUGCGUGAAUUUGCAUGAAUUCGCCUAUUCUUGUGCACAAGAAAAAGGAGAUUUCUCUGAGUUGUUUGCAUGAAAUGUAAAGAUGUUGUGUAGCUCUCAUUGAAAAGUUGCAUUUUGGAGGUUAUUUUCGGGGCACAGCUGCAGAGGAAACACUCCAGCUUCUUUCUGGAACAGCUGCACGUGUGCUGCUGAGAUCCAAAGGGAUUCUGGACAAGAUCACGCUCUCUCCUGUUUUGUAUUUUGGUUGCGCUGCUUAGAGAGGAAACUUGAAAAGAAACACUUUUAAAAAAAAAGAACAUUAAGGAGAAAAAACGGACAACUGAAGUACAUGAAAACUCGGACCUUAAAACGGCGUGUUUAUGUGUGUUUGUGUAAAUGAACACACACGCACGCAGAGAGACACAUAAGGGUAGUAAAGCAUAGAUAGACUGAUAGAUAUGUUCGGUAUUUUCAGAAGGCAGACAAACAUACAAUCAAAGACCCCAACGAUAUCGUCGUGUUCACAGAGCCGGGGAGGAAACAUCACAACCAACGAAAACAGUCGUAUUUUCUUACGUUACUUCUAAAAAAAAAAAGUGAGGAAAUAAAAAAAUUUAAAUUAAAAAAAGAUAUUGUAACAUAUCUUCCUCAAUCUGAGGACUGAGCGCCCGUGACACAAACUGGCUGUGAAAUGUUAGAAGUGGUUUAAAUUGAGAUUUGUCCUGCGUCUCGUCUGUGUCGGGGCUUGCAUACCUUUAAGGUACAAGAGAAGAAGAAAAAAACGCCAAAGAAAAUGUGACUCGAGCGUGGAAAACAAGCGUGGCUGCUGACUCUAAAUAUGUCUGUGUGAGUAAGAGGUUAUCCCGUUGCAGGCAGCUGAAAGCAGGCGAAUAGAUUUUGGUUCACAUUCUGUUUAGCCGAGCGUUUUUAGCGCUGAAUAACAUCGACAUGUAGUUCCUGAAAUGAGCGACGGUACGAUUAGUGCAAUUCGUCUCUACUUGGCUCACUUGAAAGAAAAACCUCGAAACCGCUGAUCUACCUAAAGCGCGUCUGUGUGCGCUGUGCAUGUAUGUAAAAGCAGGAAGGAGCGGAGCGCUGGGACAUUUUUGAAUAGAGCUUCUUCAUGUAAACACUUCAAAAUAAAACCUAGAAUUAGGCACAGAGUCGUAAUUUGUUCCUCCUUCUCAUCCCUCGUUUUAGCAUAGGUAGUGGGGGGUGAUCAACUGGCACAAAAUAUAUCAAAAGUGUGUGUGUUUGUGUGUGUGUGAAGAGAGGGGGCGCUCUUGUACUCACGCUACACACGCCCCAAACCAAACCUCUUUCAAAAAAACAUGGAAAUAAACUCAACGUUAUCCAUCUGUUAGUCUGUUGCAUUGCACACGUUCCCGGAUCUUUGUAGGUUUUUUGUAAGUGCACAUUGACUCCUACGUCGUUACUCGAACCCUUGACAUACUCAACAUAUUAGACCUGAACACAUCUACAUGGCCGGAGAUGGUAACACAGAGAAAACAGACCUGAAAGGAGGGUGAACCUCUCUUCACACAGGGUUUGGGAGCACUACAACAAACGUAAGAACGCACACGCACACACACACACACACACACACACACACAUGGAAGUGAAGUCAGGCUCUAAGGAUGAACUGCAUCAGCCUUAACAUUCCAGGAUGCUGUUGACCGCCGCCUCUAAAGCAGAGUCUGUGUCGGGGGGAGCCGGCGAGCUGAGCUGAGGCGGGUACUGCGGCUGGGUGACCACAUGGUGGGACCCCUGGUAGUGCGUCUGCCCUCCCGCUGUAGCUGCGAAAGGCGAGGGGUUACCGCCGUGGGGAUAACUGUUAACUGUGAGGCUGUUGUUGCUGACGUUGCUCGGCCCGUAGUGUUGCUGGGAUCUCUUCAGUUCGAGGAGUCGCUUGUUGUCUAAGUGCGAGGAGGGCUGGAGUCUGUCUGCCGCACCUGCGACUGAAGCCCCGCCCCCUCCUGGGUCUCCAUAUGCGGGCUGGGAGUCUGUCCUGUACGGCGGCUCUGAGGAGCCCAAGUCUGACUGAUUCCUACUACAGCUGGGCGACGACUGAGAGGGGAGGGGGUCUUGGAAAAGUUUGGAUUUGAUCCCACAGCAGAAGUCCUCCAUGAAGGUGUCUGUAAAACAGGAAGUGAAGAGAACAGGGGAGUAAAGGUGAUAGCGUUCGCACCCAAACUGUUUUUAGUACAGCACUUUCAGUUUGACGCAGGUACACAGUGCGGUGUGUGGUGCAAACCAAACCAAAGGUCCCCACACUGACAGGAACACAGACGCACGUCACACACAACAUGUGCUGCUUCUGUUGUAGACCACCGAGAAGUUUUCAGCGU